AUGAAAACACUAGAUAGCUAUUCAAUGAUGAUAGUCUCAAAAUACUUUUUGCGAAUAACUGAUUUUGUACGUGUUGAAUGUGUUUGCAAAAAGUUCAAGGAUAACAUGGCGAAGUUCCAUUACAACCCAAUACCCCUUACUAAUGAUACAGUCAAAUUAUUUCCUCACCUCGAGACACAACACUUCUACUCUGAAAAUGAUUUGUCUUUCAAUUCGAUAAUUAAAAAGGUUUAUUGGCACAGUGUUAUUUAUUCAGAACAUUUUUCAGACUCUAAUGCAAUAUACAAAAGAGUUUAUUUGACAUCAUCAACUCCUCUUAAAAAUUUAGUAAUUCCUCAUUCUGUUUAUGACAUCAAAGAACUUAAUUUUCUUAAUAACGAAUUGAUUACUUCCAUUAUAAUCCCACCCACUGUAUAUCGUAUAGGUUCGAAUACCUUUGCAAAGCUUUCUUAUCUACAACAAGUGGUUCUGCCAUUGACAAUUACAAGUAUCCCAUUUCUCUGCUUCGAAGGAUGCACAUGUCUUUCAAAUAUAGAAAUUCCAAUGUCCGUCCAUGAGAUAGGAUACAACUGUUUUUGUGGGUGCAGUAGUCUUAAAAAUAUCACAGUGAAAGCCUCGAAUAACAACAUUUAUUAUUUCAAAGAAAAAAUGUUAUACGAAAGUGGGUGUUACCUUGUUUCGUUCAACCUCCCCACUCCGUCGACUCGUGUGAAUACCAAAAGAUCUUCACACUACUUUAUAGAGAACUUUUCUAUUCCAACAAGUGUCGUUUCUAUUGGCAAAUCGUGCUUUUGUUGUUGUAAACAGUUAAAGGAGAUGGUUAUACCAGACAGUGUUAUUACGAUUGGAGCUAACUGCUUUGAUGGUUGCACAUCUCUCUCUAAAAUAGAGCUCUCCAGGCGGAUAUCUGAAAUUAAACAGUUUUGCUUUGCAAAUUGCAAGUCAUUACUUGUAAUGACCAUUCCAAGUAGUGUCACACGAUUUGAGGAACAUUCCUUUUGUAAUUGUUUUCAGUUAUUUGGCCGUUAUGGAAUACCAAAUUGUGCGUUUUAUGAUAUUUAUUCGACGUGA